AUGGGCCUCUCAGAAGCAUAUAACUAUUUGACAAGUUUCUAUAACAAAGCAAGACGGAAUGCAAGGCGACAGCGGAGGAGGGCUAACACCUCAGGCGACAGCCUUAGGUCGUCCUCUUCCCAGGAGGUCUUUCAUUCGGCCGUGCUGUCGCCAAAAAAGGUCCGGGAUUCAGGCAUACCCACCGAUAACAGAGGAGAAUCUACGCAAAUAUCAACAAGAAAAACCGAAGCACACAGCGACCAUCCUCCUAUGGUCGAGUUGCGAAGUACCAGUGCCGUGAACCUGGUGGUCCAGUUGCAAUCUCACCUGUCAGAAGGGGAUAGCCUUAUGGACAAGCCUGCAGAUAAGCCGCCUGCUAUACCUGAUCGCUCUCCAAACAGGCCCAAGCUGCCACAUGGAUACAAUCAUCCUGACGCGCCGACUAUGGCCUACCAGGAUACCAAGACAACAAACCUCGCCCUCACCACGGGCGAAGAUGUAUACAAUGGCAUGGGGAUAUCAAGCAAGACCAGCAGCUACACAGCCCUGUCGGAGCAAUCGAACAUGACCGUCAACCAUGAUCCAUCAAAGCGAGCCUUCAGCCCGUUUGAGCCAGCAGUCCCGGUGACACCAUCUGAAGCUUAUUCAAACCCAUUUUCCGACAGUAAAACAAUGAGUGAGCCGUGGACAGGGUCGCGCAAUGUCCUCGUUCCCUUGGGGUCUUCUCAAUGUUUUGCUCAUGAAAUGGAAAACUCGAACAACAGCUAUGAUAACUGUGAUCGAGACCAGGCACUCGGGAGAGGCGGUAGGAGGCACUCCGUACGAAGGAGCGAUAGCAGUACUUCCUCCGCUUCAGCGCGCCCGCGGCUAAUAGAUGGUAGCAGAGAAGAGCGAAGGGGUUUGAUUAAAGCACAGUCACUUCUCAAAUUCAAUGGCUCUGCUCGGUAUCUAGGGUUGGAUGUAAUUAUCUUGAAGGAGAUAUCACCAAUGCCUGGUAUAGAAAACUCGGAUACACCCGCAAGGCAAAGCUCGCUGCUUAACCGGCUGCGUAAGGUCAAGUCUAACCUGACGGUUAAACGUAAGGAUGGCAGUAAACACGGCUUGCGACGUAUCAAGACCAUGGCGAAUAUAAACGCCCAUGCUGAAUUUGGCAUGCUCGAAGGAAGGGCAAUUGAAGAUCUUGCACGACUGGGAGGGGAGAGUAAUAUCACCUUCCCAAGGGAAUAUGAGCCAGGAAUACUUCGGCUUCCCACUUGCAUGGCAGCUCCAAUCCAUUUUCUGCUGCAACAUGUAAGAGCCGAACGAUCAAAGGACACGAUCAACCGAACUAUGAGGUCGAUUCGCCUUCCAUCGGGUUAUGUGUAUAAAUGUGCUCGAACGAAGGGCGAUGCCCACGUCCAGGACAUAUCCACGGUACUUAGGCACUUCCUCUGCGAGCUGCCCGGUGGUAUCCUCGGUUCGUCCUCCCUGUACAGCGUUCUAGCGCAGAUCCACGGCAAGAACUUCACAGAGAUGAGAGACCUGCGAGAUCCAGGCCGGAGGGAGUACAUCAAGGGCGUAGCAAUGCCCGUAGCGGCAAAGGUCCGGAUGAUCACUCUGGCAUUGCUGGCGCUGACAACGGACAUGCAGUUGGAGCUAAUCUGUGCGAUCUUUGGCCUCCUGGCAUUGACUGCAGACGAGUGCGCAGACCGGAAAGUCUCGCACCAGUAUCUUCACCCUCCAGGGACGGCAUCGUGUGAUUUCUGCAUAACACUUCCGACGCCGCGCACUCUGGGACGAGUGUUCGGCUCCUUUUUAUACGAUGUGAAGAAUGUGCGCGAGCUUCAACCGACGGUCCAGUUUAAGCUAGCGGAGGGAACGCAGUCGGCGGACGUGGCGACAAUGCUGAUUGAGUUAUGGAAGCAUAUCUCUACACAGCUCCGCAGAUGGGAGGUCUUUGAGAAUGAAUGA